UCCGGACUGCGGCUGCGGGGAAGCGAGCGGGGCGCCGGGCUGUAGCGGAAGGUGCGCGCGGGUGGAGGCGCGCAUCCCGCAUGGAGGCGCCGAGGAGCGCGCCGCGGGAGCGGGAGCGGGAGCGCGCUCGGACCACCUCAGGAAGUGAUCAAGUUCACUCCUGGAUACUAGUUACAAGCCACGUCCUUAGUGCCGCCUGGAGAAUAGCAAGGGCCUCUGUGAUGACGGCGCUCUCUCUUCUGUCAGCUACCCUCAGCUACUUCAGAAGCCUGUAUUUAUACUUAGGGCAUCAGCUGAAAUGGUGGGUCGGCUAUCUACAGAGAAAGUUCAAAAGAAACCUCAGCGUGGAGGCAGAAGUAGAUUUACUCAGUUAUUGUGCAAGAGAGUGGAAGGGAGAGACCCCGCGUGCCAGACUGAUGAGGAAGGCCUAUGAAGAACUGUUCUGGAGGUACCAUAUUAAAUGUGUUCGAGCAGUCAAGAGAGAUAACUACGACGCUCUCAGGUCGGUGUUGUUCCAGAUCUUCAGCCAAGGCCUCUCCUUCCCAUCAUGGAUGAAGGAAAAAGACAUCGUUAAGCUUCCUGAAAAACUACUCUUUUCUCAAGGCUGUAACUGGAUCCAGCAGUACAGUUUCGGGCCUGAGAAGUACACAGGUUCCAAUGUGUUUGGAAAGUUACGGAAAUGUGUGGAGUUACUGAAACUGCAGUGGACUGAGUUUAGUGGGAUGAGAGAUUACCACAAGAGAGGGAGCAUGUGUAACGGCCUCUUCUCCGACGCUAUCCUGGAGUGUAAACUGUACGAAGCUUUGAAGUUCCUCAUGCUCUACCAGGUCACGGAAGCGUAUGAGCAAAUGAAGACCAACAAGAUCAUCCCCAACCUUUUCAGACUCCUGUUUGCCCGGGAGUCAUCAUCCGAUCCUUUGAGCUUCAUGAUGAAUCACCUGAAUUCCAUAGGUGACACGUGCGGUUUGGAUCAGUUUUAUCCUGACUUCUCGAUAGUCAUGGUCCCACCCUGCUUUCACACUGUGGGACCUAAGUCGUGCUCACUUGCUGUCCUGAUUGACCUGUUUAUACUUGGGUAUUCUCUUCAAGUAAAGAUAAAAGUGUUCCGGCUGUUCAAGUUUAACUCCAGAGACUUUGCAGUCUGCUACCCCGAGGAGCCUCUCAGGGAGUGGCCAGAGAUCUCCUUGCUGACUGAGAAUGGCCACCAGUACCACAUUCCCGUCUUUUAAGUCUGCCGUGGGCUGGACAUCUUCUCAGAGACAGUGGGCACACUUGCAGAAAAGCACUUCUGAAAAAAACCCACAGUGGUGCUUCAGCCAAGGAGGGCUCCGGGACGGGUGGCGAGAGAUGGGUGGCUCGCCUUCUGUUUCAGUGAGGUCCUCCACAGCAACACACAUCUGUGGCUUGGUGCGCUGACUUUGUCCAUUGAGGGAUCCUCUGGGAUGGAUGAAGGGAAACUUAAUAUGGACAAAAAUUGGAAGGGACACAACCUGAGCAGUGGGGAUUGUGCCAUCUCUGAUCUUCAUGGGAUUUGGUAAGAAUCUCUCUCUGUGGAUUUGGAACAGUCGUAAAUAAACAGGGCCAAGUUUUACAAGCAUUACCCUCCUGGGAGGUCUUUGUUGUUUACUAAUUAGCCAGAACAGCCUGAUUAAUGUUAAAAUACUGUGUGUGUUUAUGUACAUGUCUGUUUAUAUAGACACACAAAUGUAUGCAUUCAAAUAUGCGCAUACACUGCAAACAACCUCUGGUUUGUAAUAUUGUACAGUUUCUUUAUAUCUCCACUGUUUUUUUUUUGAUAUUCUUGUAUCUGUCCAGCUUAAAUCAAUUUAUUUAAAUAAAAGAAGAUAAAUUGUAUGGAUUUGGGCAACUGUACAAUUUUUGAGCUGCCAUAAAAAUAUUAAGCUAUGCUUUAAUUUAAUCUAUAUGUACACAUCCAUGAAUAGAAUCUUGUGAUUAGCUUAGUAAAAUUCCAGGUACAGAUGUGUUUGCAUCGUCACCCCAGAAUCCCAGAAGACAUUGGUUAAAGAGAAUUUGUGUCACCUCCUCACCCCCUAAUCGAAACAUAACAAAUACAGGCUUAAGUGCAAACCCGUUUUCCUAGAGCUGUGGUUCUCAGCCUGUGGGUCUGGACCCCCUUGGGGGGUUCACUUCUCAGAUAUCCUACAUAUCAGAUCUUUAUUACAAUUCCUAAGAUGAGCAAUAUUAGAGUUAUGAAGUAGCAAUGGAAUAAUUUUAUGGUUGGGGUCACCACAGCAGGCGUCCAUGCCCUUGGUCUCCAGGUGGCCCUGGCGUGAUGAAAGCCUUUAAAGAUGGAAGAGAGACCAAACCUCAGAAGAUAAAUGACUGCGUGCACGGCUGGUAAUCCUGUUCACGUCCUUUAUAAACUGGUCCAUUCUGUGGGAAUUUGCAUAGAUCUGAAGCACACUCAAGACUGGCUCUGAAGGGUUUCCGUUGAAUUAAUCGUGAGCCUUGAGUGUAGGAUACUUGCCUGGGUCUCUACUCUCACAGAACAUUUCCAAAAGGAAAUAAUUUUUCCAUUGACUUGUUCAAGAAUUCAGCAACGAAAACAUUUCACCGAUGGUAAGUGAUAACGUUAUUCCGUAAGUUGUCAUAUUUUAUCAUGUGUAUGCAAUCACUCACAAAGUUUUGGAUGAGAAAAUGAUCCUAAUUAGGGGAAACAAGACGGUUGUUUAAGUGGACACCUGGCAUAUAGUUAAAUAAACACAUGAAUGAGCUAGUACAGCAGAUAUUGUGUUUCCUAGGAAGGUGCUCACAAAAUGUACAUAAUAAGCCAGUCAGGGCUUCCAUGGCAUAUGGAAGUUCUAAGAAGAGCAAAACUAUGAUAAAAUCAUCACUUUUGUAAAACUUCAACAGGUUUUGGUUAGCCAGUCACAUGCAUGUUCCAAGAGGAUGGCUGGUGUCUGGGACCUGUCCGUGGUGCUGAAAAGGCGAUGCCACAGAUGUUCAAGGAUGCCUUGAAACUGUGAACCAUGUUUUCUUCCAGGUUUCUGUUUCCAGUGGCAGCGCUAAUAAUAAAAAUUAUCAUUUUCUAG